AAGUUCUUAAAAACCAGAAGUUACGAGAAGAUAAUAGAUAUAUCAAUCGAUAUCAUUAGGUUGUUGUAAUUAGUAUAGAGAGUAUUUGUUUUUGUAUUCAAGAUGGCUGAUAAUAAGAAAGUUAUUAAGAAUACCGAUAUGGUUGAAGAAAUGCAAACAUUUGUGCUAAAGUUGUCUGAUCAAGCUAUAACCGAAUACAAGUUAGAAAAGGAUAUUGCAGCAUUUUUGAAGAAAGAGAUGGAUAAGACAUAUGGAACUACAUGGCAUUGUAUUGUUGGUAAGAAUUUUGGCAGUUAUGUUACACAUGAGAUGGGCAAUUUUAUUUAUUUUUACGUUGAUGCAUUAGCAAUUUUAUUAUUCAAGACUUCAUAAUUUUUGAAUGGUUUAAGAUAGUUCAAAAUAAAUCAAUGAAUCAAUGACUCAUAAGAGAAAUGGAUUAAACAAUUUAUUUUUAAUGAAUUAUUUCUAUAGUAUAAAUAUUAUUUAAAAUAACAAUAAUAUCAGAAGCUGUUUUUUGUUUUCUACACUAUUCAUAGUUUC